AUUCUAAUAGAAAAGCCCUCUAAAAUUUUUGUUAUAGUUCCCCUUCGCGUGAUUUUUUCGAAACUUUUGAUCCCUUUUCUCUCUCUUGCACCCUUUUCACCUUUUCUAUGCUCUGUUGUUGAUUUUUCUCUCACCUCAUUUGUUGUUUCUCAAAAUUGUGAAACCCUCUCUAUUUUUCCUUGCCACCCCAAGAAAUCCUCAUUUAUCACCUCCAAAUCUUUAUUGGAGAAAAUCUUGGGUCAAGAUUUUUGGGUAAUUCUUCUUAGAGGCGACGAAUGGUUGGAUUUCUUAGUUCAACGAAGCAACAUUUUUCUCACGCUUGUAUUUAAGAUUUUGAUCAUACAGCGGAAGAAUAUAACUAAUUAGAUGAAAUGCGCCGAUGAGAGCAAAAACACCAACUUUGGAAGGAGGCACAUUGCUAGUCCUUUUUCUUUUUGGGUUAUCUGAAAUUGUGAUCAAUCUUUAGUUUUAGUGUGGGGGAAAGAGAGGGAUUUCUGUUGUGGGAUUCGGGUGUGGGCAUUUCUGAUUUAGGACAAAAAUAAAACAUUGGGGUUUUGUGUCUUCUCUAGCAUUCUCUCUUUUCCUUAAAAGAACUUGUAUAUGUUAGAUUCGAUGAGAUGAGAAGGGUAGCAAGUGAAUGGGGUUGUGGCUUUAGAGGAAAUGGGAUUAAGAAGACUUGGGUACAUAAUGGUCUGUGUGAUGCUUCUUUUUUUGGUGGCCAUGGUUGAUUCUGCAAAUCAUCGACCUGAGGUGAAGGAAGAAAAACUGGUAAUGUUUCUUUUCUUUUUCUUUGUAUAUUUUUCCUUUCUCUUGCUUACCGCUUCAAUAAAUGCUUGUUGUUACAUAUAUAGAUUUUGAUGCUAAAGCCUUGUUGAAUGCUAUAUUUUUAAUGAAGAUAAAACCUUAUUAGAUAUACUAUGCUGACAUUUGGUGGCCUAUUCAAUUAUCAUUGUCAUCAUGUCAAGUUGAACAAAUUAGAAAGAUAUGUAGAUAUUGCAAGGGUCAUUUUGGGGCAAAAAUGCUUACAAUUAUGGGAAAUUAAUGAGUAUAUUGGUGAAAUUUGCUUAUUUCUUCAUGAGGAUAUGAAGUAUUAUAUACAUAUACAGGCAGAAGAGGCAUGGAUCCGAGGCAAGAAACAUAUAGGGGACAAUAAAGGUUUUUCGAAAGAUUGUGACUUGUACAAUCUAGUGCAAUCAAUCAGUGAAUCAGAAUCAUCUUCAUUGGCUAGAAAAAGCAUGCACAAUGUCAUCAGAGUUAUGCCCAUACAAAUGAAAAGAGAACUCCUUCAUUGCGUGAGAAACAAAAAUCUUCUCUCUGAUGAUUUUGCUGAUGGUGGUAGCAGCUCUACGCGAUGGCUCAUAGAGUGUUUUCGCAUAGCUUUGAAAUGUCCUAUUAGUACUCAAAGAAGAUAUAUGUCUAGUAAGCGUAAUGUCAAAACUGCGUUGAAUUCUCUAUCACCUGUAACAUCUCAGUCGGAUAGCCCUGCAAUUGCUAUAAGGUCUCAAGCUUAUGGCUCAACCCCACCCUCUCUACAUAAAUCAUCACUUAUCACCACUUCACAUUACAAUCCUCUGGCCCUCCUAUUUUAUGAAGCAAACCUUCAUCAACGUCGGGAACUCGAGUCAUCAUCAACACCCUCUGUUUCAGACUCCAAGAAAAAACACAAGAAACAUAAAAAGAAAUCAAAGGAAGAAAUUGAGAGACAAACACUUGUUGCUAUUAUAGCUACUUCAGUAGCGACCUUCUUGAUUGUUGCAGUAUUAUUUUGUUGUUGGAUUUGCUUAAGAAAUAGUGAAGCUGAAAUUAAUUAUAUUGAAGAGAAGCGAGAUGAGAGGCCUCUACUCCACUUGCGUGAUUCUUUUGCUAGUAAGUCUUUUGUCACCUUGUUAUAUUCAUUUUAAAUUCACUAAUUAGCAUUUUCUAUAAAAGAAAGUUAAAGCUUGCAUAUUUUCUAGGUUCAUCUCUAGCUUCUGCAAGUAUGGCUACUUCGAGUGCUAACGACCCAAAGUCUAGUGGUGUUGUAAACACAACACUUGCAAGCAACCUAUCUAUGCAACAGGAGAAACAAGAAGGUGUAACACUAGAGGGACAAUCAUCAGAGACAAAAGCAAUUGCAGGAGAUGAACUUCCACCUCUAAAACCUCCACCAGGAAGAACAGUGGCACCCCCACCACCAGCGGCACCUGCUCCACCGCCACCUCGUCCACCUCCCCCAGGAGCUCCAGGACCUCCAGCACCCCCAAAACCCCGCCCCCCACCUCCUCCUAAAUCAAAUUUAAGGCCUUCACCUCUUGGACCAAAGAGGCCUAAUAAGAGUGGCUCUAACGAUGCAAAUGGUACCGAUGAUGGAGGUCAAAAAACUAAAUUGAAACCUUUCUUUUGGGAUAAGGUUAUGGCCAGUCCUAAUCAAUCCAUGGUUUGGCAUGAGAUUAGUGGUGGAUCUUUCCAGUUUGACGAAGAGAUGAUAGAGUCACUUUUUGGCUAUAAUGCCAAUAAGAAUAACAAUGAGCGUAAGAGAGAGGUAGUUGACAAUUCAGUUCAGUACAUUCAAAUUAUUGAUCCGAGGAAGGCUCAGAAUCUAUCUAUACUUUUGAAAGCAUUGAAUGUGACUACAGAAGAAGUUCUUGAUGCUCUUCGAGAAGCUAACGAGCUUCCAGUGGAGCUUCUCCAGACUUUGUUGAAGAUGGCACCAACAGCAGAUGAGGAAUUAAAGCUUAGGCUAUAUGCGGGUGAGAUUGCUCAACUAGGCCCUGCUGAACGUUUCCUCAAAGCAUUGGUGGAGGUCCCUUUUGCUUUCAAAAGAAUUGAAUCCCUAGUGUUUAUGAGUUCCCUUCAGGAAGAAGUUACCACUCUCAAAGAAGCCUUUGUGACCCUAGAGGUAGCUAGCAACAAGCUCAAAAAUAGCAGGUUAUUCUUGAAACUACUGGAAGCAGUCCUCAAAACUGGCAACCGAAUGAAUGAUGGCACAUACCGAGGUGGUGCAUUAGCAUUCAAGCUCGACACUCUUCUAAAGCUCUCAGAUGUCAAAGGAACAGAUGGAAAGACAACUCUUUUACACUUUGUUGUUCUAGAAAUCAUUCGUUCUGAAGGCAUUCGAGCAGUCCGAGCAGCAAAGGCAAACGCAAGCGUCUCUAGCGUGAUGUCAGAUGACCUCAGCGAGGACCCCAAUGAUAAGGCAGCAGAGGAACACUACUGCAACAUUGGUCUUCAAGUAGUUUCGAGCUUGAGCAACGACUUUGAUGAGGUGAAAAAGGCAGCCGUAUUGGACGCUGACAUGUUGUCAUCUACACUGGUAAAACUUAGGAAAUCAUUAACGAAGGCUAAAGCUUUUGUGGAGUCAGACAUGAAGAGCGAUGAAGAGAGCGAGUUUUAUGCAGCACUCGUUGGCUUCAUGAAUCGAGCUGACUCAGAUAUUGCCUGGCUUUCAGAGGAAGAGAAGAGGAUAACAGCACUAGUACAGAGCACAGCAGAUUACUUCCAUGGCAAGUCGGGUAAGGAAGAAGGCUUACGACUUUUUAGCAUUGUUCGUAGUUUCUUGACAAUGCUUGACAAGGCAUGUAAAGAAGUGAAGGAAGCGAGAGCUAAGAAAGUGCCUGCAACGAAAGUGUCGAUCAAGAAAGAUAACUUAGGUGAGGCGUCAAGUUCAGGAAUUCAACAACAACAACAACAGGUUGAGAAUCAAAAUCAUCAUAAACGGUUGUUUCCAGCCAUUGCUGAAAGGCGGAAUAAUGAGUCUUCUAGUUCAGAUGAUGAAAACUCAAGUGAUGAAGAUUAGCCCUCCCUUUUCCUCUCUUCUUAGCUUUUGUAUGAUAGAUACCAAAACAAAAUGCCAAAUCUUUCUCAGUCUACAAUCUUGUACAUGUACACACUUUCUUGUUUGUAUAUUCACCCAAGUUAGAGAAGGAAAAUUUUUCAUUUUUAUUAUUUGCUAGAGUCUAUUUAUCAAUUUUUAGAGACAAAGAUGGUAUUGAAAAUCCGUUAAAGAAAUGUAAAUUGCACCU